GUGAGGGCAAAGGCCAGAGGCAGCAGCAGACUCCACGCGCGCAGACGGGGGAGUUCGGCCGAUGAGCUCCUCGCGACGGCGUUCGAGUCGCCCGCCUGAGGGAGAAACAAAAAGAGCAGCCAUGGAGACGAGACAAUCGCCAGGUGUCACUUUCGGAGUGUUGAGAUCGGCGGCCGGGACGCACGGGGACGCAUCACUGGAUUGAGCCAGCUGUCCGUCGCUCCCUCUCUCGCAAGCCCUGUCUCAGCCUCCAGGAACAGCCGCCGCGGCAUCGUUUUCCCCCCUCGACCCCUCCUCUCCUCUUCAUCUCCCAUUCUGCUGCUUGCGCCACUGUGGGAAUGCGGCUGAGGUGAACCGGUCGUAAAGGUGUCUACGAAUUCACUGUCCUCGCACCAGGAGCGGAUUUAUUUGCAGAGGAGAGUGGCGGGCUGGUCGGACACCCACCGACCAUAAGCCCCCCCCGCCCCCCACUAGGGAACCUACCCGGCUGUCACUCCAGGAAAGCAAAAGUGUAACCCCCGGAUCAGUUGGAUCAGCACCAUCUUGUUUGAAACUUCACCUCUAUACUGGAUUACUUGAGAAAAAAGAUUCAAGUGGGUGAUGCAAACUUGAACUUGGAUGAUCGAACUGAACAAGCGGCGGCAAAAAGGGCAUGACAAUUAUUUUUAAGCACCCGAGCACGCACAUGGAUUUACAGCUCUGAUCUCCGCCACCUCGCAACGGAUCAAUACCCAAUGUUUUUUGUUUUUGGUUUUGUUUUUUCUCAAAACAAGGGAGCGAAUCAUCUUGGGAUUUAUCAUCGCUUUGUUUGAGGCGCCCCCUCACCCUUGCUUCCGUCCUCCAGCCUUCCAUCUCACCUGUGCAUAACCUGCGAGUUUAUGUGUCUGUGUGUUCCUGUGCAUGCGUGUGUUUGCUUCCUUGUCCGCCAGAGGGAGUGCGGGUUGUGUGUUGCUUGUCUGCAUGUGAGUGCUGUGCCAGCGUUUAAUUAGUUGUUCCCUGAAUGUGUGUGAGUGUUAGAUGUGCCACAGUAAUGCUUUAAAGGCGUGUGCAUGCAUAUGUGUGCGUAUAUCCAAAUGUAUACAUUGAGAUAUAUAUAGGCUUGUUGUGUAUGUAAGAUGUGCCGCUUUCUUUCUCCACCAUCCGUUCCUUCUAUACGCCCCUCAAUCUUUUGGCAACGUGUUUGACCUCCAAAAGCUUCCAGAGAGACCGAAAGCAGGAUGAGCGAGCACUCCGGUGCGAGCACUCUGGUGGCCAUGACGCUGGAGGAGCCGGGGGCCGAGCAGGCGUCCCCCCGAGCCCCGGGCCCCCUUCGCUGUGGCCCCUGCGCUGUGUGGCCUCGCCAGCAGACCUGGCUGUGCGCCGUGCCCUUGGUAAUGGGCUUUGUGGGCUUAGGCCUCAGUCUCAUGCUGCUCAAAUGGAUCGUGGUGGGAUCCGUCCAAGACUACGUCCCCACAGACCUGGUGGAUCCCAAAGGUAGCAUGGGACAGGAUCCAAUAUUCCUCUCCAAACCCAGUGCCAUGCCCAAGGGGCCGGACAUUCCCACCGUUACCACGUCUGCCGCCUCAACCACAGCAGUGGUUUCCACGACAACGCCUCUAGCCGCCGACGGGACUGCCCCGGCGCCGAGAACUCGAUCCGGGCCGCCGGCGAACCACUCGGCCAAUGGCAGCGCCGCCGGUGGCGAAGGAAACCGAACCCCGCACCUUCACAACCGCGUUGGCACCCGGGUCGGUGGGACCGCUGUGACCACGUCCACCACCCGCGCCCCCCGACUCACGCCGCCGCCCAGCGGGAAGGAAGUGACCCCUCGCAGCACGGUCAGGAAAGGAAGCGCCGUCGUCGGUGGGCGCAACGGAGCCGGCCACUCGAAGCCGGGACAGACCCUCUCCACCACCGAGGCCUCCGCAACCUCCAGCACGACCACCACCACUGUGAGGAUCACCACUAAGGUCCAGACAACCACCUCUCAGCCGCCCCCACCCCCAGUGAAGCCCACGUCUCGCUGGACCCACGGGCGUCAAGGAAAGGCCCCGGCGACGCGACCGCACCACCGCUUCCGAACACCGAUGGCCCCAACACAGCCCAGCCUGCGGUCAGAGGUUUUCAAGCCUUGCAUAGAAGAUAAGGACUUGGCCUUUUGCCUCAACGAGGGAGAGUGCUCCAUCAUUGAAACUGUGGCCGGGGUCCAUCGGCACUGCAGGUGUAAGGAAGGGUACCACGGUCUACGCUGCGACCAGUUCGUACCCAAGACGGACGCCAUCUUGUCUGACCCAACAGCAGAUGAACUUGGGAUCGAGUUUAUGGAGAGCGCUGACACCUACCAGAGGCAGGUGUUGUCCAUCUUCAGCAUCGCCUCGGGGAUGUGUCUUCUCGGAGUCGCGUGUAUGGCUCUCUACCGGCGCAACAAGAGACACCGUCAAAAACUCCAGGCUCACUUCUCAGAAAGUCGCGGUUUAAGAGACUGCGGUAUCAACGCCUCCGGUCUGAUGUCCAAAUCUUCUUCCAGAACGCAGUACACGCUCCAGAAGAGCUGCGGCACCCUCGGGUGCCCUGCCAACGCGGCGCCGGGAGCGUCGAGAAUAUCGCCGCCCAUUCUCAGCAGAGCACAGUCGAAAGGGAAACGCUUCAGGAGCAAUUCCCUCUCUCUCAGUCCGGCCCUGAGACGGAAAGAGACCAGUCAUUUCAGGACGCCGGCCGUUUCCAGAGGAAAGUUGAAGCUGCCGUCCAAUCUGGCGGAGGCUUCGCGAGUGUCCGCUCACGUCUACAAGCACCUGCUGGAGGAGGAGCCAGCCGACCUGGAGUUCUUGAGGAGGUGUGAUCCGAGCGGGGGAAAGGUCGGCGGCCUCCUCAGCAGGACCUCUCACUUUGCCGCGAGAAAGGGAUGGACCGAGGUGCCUUGCACUCGCCUGGAUAAGGGACGCAGCUUCCCCCCGCCCUCGCUGCGCACCCGUUCUGUUCCCAUCAUCCCCUCGCUGCAGGCGUGCGACCUUGAGGGACGGCGUUUGGAUACGACUGACCAGAACACAGAGGGGCGUCUCGUCCCCACCGGCAGCCCUUCCUCUCCUCCCUAUGAGAGUGCUGUGCCCAUUAGUGUUUGCCCUCAGACACCCUCUUCCUCCUCCUCCUCCGUUGAAAUGACCAUAGAACUCGAUCAGGCAUUAAAGCAGAAAAAACUUUCUAGUCCUGUGACGGAGUCUUCGGGUUCUCACAUCAUCCGCGGGGGUGCUAUCAAGGCCGGGAUUGGACAAAGUGGCCGGUACUCCGCCAAAGAGCAAACAGGCACUGGAAUCCGAGGUUUAAAGACGGCGGGCCAAGGUUAUACCUCAAUCAAGGACCCGAACGGCCCUUCGGCCAUCUGCAGAGGAAACGGAAAUUCGAGUUGAUUGGAUUCACUUUGCAAAGUUUCAAAGAAGUCGGUCCCAAUACCUUUGCUGUUUGGCAGGUGGGACCAUCUGUGUGGGCACAUGGACCAAUAUUGGCGGCCGUUUGACGAACAGCUUGAACUGCAAAGGACACAACGACAAAAAAUUUAAAAUACGCCAACUCAUGAUCCAAACAAGCACACAUUGUGAAUAAAUUCAUAACAGGACAACAAACUGUGAGUGAGAGCUAAACUUGGGGGGGGUGGGGGGGAACACCACUAUUUAAAGGGAGCUUCUACCUAGAAACCAAAAUAGUGUGUCUCUAUGUUGUUUCUCUAUUGUAAAAAAAUGAAAUUAUACAGUAUAUGUCAUCUAAUAUAUGUCACAUAGACGUAUAUAUAUUUGACAUGCAAUUGUGACAAAAUAAAGACUAAGAUA